CACUUUAUUUAUUCACAUUAUGCUCAUAAUGCAGAUAGAAUACUAUUACUGCUAGUCAUAAUAAUGUUAACUUUGUUAUGAUACGCUUACAAAUCAAACAACUUGAAUACAUAGGUAACUUAAAUAUAAUAAAAUAAAUCAGAUAAAAAAGUGUAAACUACACUCCAUCAAAAUAAAAUAGAAAUUACAUAAUGCAACAUUUUUCAAACUUCAUAGAAAGGGCUAAAAUGUUAAUUUGAGCAUGUCAAUUCAUUAUUGAUCCUUUGGGAACAGUAGAAAACUGAUGUCAAAGGUCAACUUACCAGGGACCCCAAAAGCCAGGUUUACCCUGUAUCAUUUGUGUCUACAUAAAUUUUGUUCAAAAUUCGCACUGCUGCAUAGUAACUCUGAUGAGUCCUUCAUCUUGCCAACUUGUCCUGUAGUUGGCUAAUUAACAGGGACAUUUCUGUGCACAACGCAACACCACAAACUACAUCCUCCAAAAUGAUCACACAAUAAUCAGCACCUCUCUAAAGCAGAAUCAAUAAAAACUGAAUAUUAUAACCUUCAGGAAGGGAUGAUUUAUUGCAGGACUGUUGUAUUUUAGCUUGGUGUACCUAUUAAACCGCCAACUGACUUUAUAUUCACAUUUGAGAAGCUGCUACCAGUGACAUGUUGGUAUUUAUAUUUAAAAUUAAUUUUCUGUCAAUUGUGUAAUUAAUGUGUAAGGCACUGCCUGGUUUCUGGGUGCCUGUGUAUGGUGGAGGGGUUAGGAGGUUAAUCCAGCCAUGUCUAUAAUGUAACAGGCGAGUAACAUGGAGGCUGUGGUGCAGACAGAGUGCAGAUAACCCUGCACUUGACACGACCAUAAACUAACCGGACGCCUUUAACCAAAGAUACUGGCUCACUGCCUCCACUGUAUUUGUUUUCAUUCUGGAGAGCUGACCAAUCGCAGUGCAGACUGGGAGGAGACCAGCCCGCCUUCGCGGAGGACACGCCUCUAUGUUCAAGGAACACCGCUUCAUACAUACACUGUUGUUAGCGACGUAGCCACUACGGUCAAUUUCAUUUUUGACAUUUCCAUUUGCGACCACUUCUCAGAAGUUCACUUUUUUUUGUCACAGGCGGGUUAAUGCACGAGUAGCGACUUAGUGUUUGGGCUCCGUUACGCCGGUGUGUCAAGUUGUUGCUGGUGGCAGUCCUGCGAGCCCCUUUGAGUAUGUGUAUACAAUGAAGAGGCGUGUGGAGGACCAGGAACCAAUAUUUGCACCCCAGCAACAGCAAUCGCGUCGCCCCCCAGUUCAAGGUAUUGCAGAGAGCUUCCAGCACCGGGCCCUCGCCCCGGCCCCGACUGUGAUAGAGGCAGCCGCAGACAACAUGCAGCCAUCCACCGGCAUCCAGUAUUCUCUCCCCCAGGGCUACCAGGUGCCUACAAUGCCUCAGAGCACAAGUGGACACGGACACAGCAAUACUGCACCACAUGUCGGUCCCCACGCACACGGUCUCACAGUGCAGUCGCAGGGCCCUGCAGUGGUCCAAGGUCACGUUCACCCACCCACCCCCAUAACUUCAACUCAAGGACAGCAGCAGUUUCAGCGACUGAAGGUUGAAGAUGCGUUGUCCUAUUUGGAUCAAGUGAAGCUGCAGUUUGGGAAUCAGCCACAAGUUUAUAACGAUUUUCUUGAUAUAAUGAAAGAGUUCAAGUCACAGAGCAUAGACACUCCUGGAGUCAUCAACCGUGUGUCCCAGCUCUUCAAGGGCCACCCAGACCUCAUCAUGGGUUUUAACACUUUCCUGCCCCCUGGAUACAAGAUCGAGGUUCAAACCAACGAUUUAGUCAACGUGACCACGCCGGGCCAGAUCCACUACAUCACCCCUCAUGGUAUUUCUGUUCAGAACAUCCCUGUAAGUGGAGCAUCCAGCCAACCUGCAAGCCAUCACCAGCACCAGAGUCUGCCACAGCCUGGCCCACACACUACCACUACCACCACCACCACCACCACCCCACCCAUCCCUGCUCAACCUGCUCCGAAUAAAACCAGCAAGCCAAUUCAGUCUCCAGCCCAUACACCCACAAGCCAGCCCAAUCCAUCCAUCCCAUCCUAUGCCUCACCGCGCUCACCUUCGGUCCAGUCCCACACUCCAGUGAGCAGCACGCCGUCUGCCGGGCCGCCCCUCCAGAACAACCAGCCCGUGGAGUUCAACCACGCUAUAAACUAUGUCAACAAGAUCAAGAACCGCUUCCAGGGUCAGCCAGACAUCUACAAAGCCUUCUUGGAAAUCUUGCACACAUACCAGAAGGAACAAAGAAAUGCUAAAGAGGCAGGAGGUAACUACACUCCAGCACUGACUGAGCAGGAGGUCUACACUCAGGUGGCAAGGCUCUUCAAGAACCAGGAGGACCUGCUCUCUGAGUUCGGACAGUUCCUGCCCGACGCAAACAGCUCAGUGGUGAGUCUGCGUGAAUGCACUCCUGCAGGGUCGCCCAUGUUAACUGGACUGGACUGUUUAUGGCAAAAUCUGCUGAGCAAGACGGCACCAGACAGGGCAGAGUCUGUGCGCAAUGAUCACGGCGGGACAGUAAAGAGACCCUUACUGAACAAUAAACAAAGACUGAGCCAGAACGGCCUGCCGAUCAGAAGACCUGCUGGAGUGGGACCCACACCGCCCGUCAAGAAGAAACCCAAAAUAAUGGGGAAGGACCAUGGCAUGACUGAAGCCAGCAAACACAGCACCAGCACUGAAACUAUGUUCUUUGAGAAGGUGAAGAAGGCUCUCCGGAGCUCUGAGGCCUAUGACAACUUUCUGCGCUGUCUGCACAUCUUCAAUCAGGAAGUCAUUUCUCGUGCUGAGCUGGUCCAGUUAGUCAUCCCAUUUCUUGGAAAAUUCCCAGAGCUUUUUACUUGGUUUAAAAACUUCCUGGGCUACCGAGAGUUUAGUCACGGGGAGUCGAGCCAUGCAGAGAGUUUACCCAAGGAGCGUGCAACGGAGGGCAUCGCCAUGGAGAUUGACUACGCUUCCUGCAAGAGGCUUGGAUCCAGCUAUAGAGCACUGCCCAAGAGCUACCAGCAGCCCAAGUGCACAGGAAGGACGCCGCUGUGCAGAGAGGUCCUGAAUGACACGUGGGUGUCGUUUCCAUCGUGGUCUGAGGAUUCUACAUUUGUGAGCUCCAAGAAGACUCAGUAUGAGGAGCACAUUUACAGAUGUGAGGAUGAGCGCUUUGAGCUGGAUGUUGUGUUGGAAACCAACCUUGCCACGAUACGAGUCCUGGAGACGGUGCAGCGGAGGCUUUCACGGAUGUCAGCUGAGGAGCAGCUGCGCUUCAAGCUGGACAACACCAUGGGUGGCUCCUCAGAGGUCAUUCACCGCAAAGCUAUCCAGAGGAUAUAUGGAGACAAGGCCCACGACAUCAUUGACGGGCUGAAGAGGAACCCGGCUGUGUCUGUCCCCAUAGUGCUCAAAAGAUUAAAAAUGAAGGAGGAGGAGUGGAGAGAAGCUCAGAGAGGAUUCAACAAAAUCUGGCGGGAGCAGAAUGAAAAGUAUUACCUGAAGUCACUCGACCACCAAGGCAUCAACUUCAAGCAGAAUGACACCAAAGUGCUGCGUUCAAAGACCUUGCUCAAUGAAAUUGAGUUGCUAUAUGAUGAUCGCCAGGAGCGAGCGUCAGAGGAAACUGCCGCACCGCCACCCAGCGGCCCGCACAUGACCCUGACCUAUGAAGACAGCCAGAUCCUGGAAGACGCCGCUGCCCUCAUCAUCCACCACGUCAAAAGACAGGUGGGCAUCCAGAAAGAAGACAAGUACAAGAUCAAACAGAUCAUCCACCACUUCAUCCCUGACCUGCUGUUCGCACGGCGAGGCGAGCUCUCCGAUGUAGAGGAGGAGGAAGAAGAGGAGGAAGAGGACGUGGAGAUGGAUCAAGACGGCCCCAAGAAGCACAACGGCCUGCCAGGCAGCAGCCCGACGAAGUCCAAGCUCCUCUUCAGCAACACGGCAGCUCAGAAGCUGCGGGGCACAGACGAUGCCUAUAACCUGUUCUUCGUGAACAACUACUGGUAUAUCUUCCUUCGUCUUCACCACAUCCUCUGUUCUCGUUUACUGCGGAUCUACGGCCAAGCGGAGAAGCAGAUAGAGGAGGAUGCUCGUGAGCGAGAGUGGGAAAGAGAAGUUUUGGGGUUCAAAAGGGAGAAAAAUGAAAAUCCAGCAAUCCAACUGAAGAUGAAGGAGCCAAUGGAUGUCGACGUUGAGGACUAUUACUCCGUGUUUCUGGAAAUGGUGCGAAACCUUCUGGAUGGAAACAUGGAGCCGGCUCAGUACGAGGAUUCCCUGAGGGAAAUGUUUACUAUCCACGCCUACAUUGCCUUCACCAUGGACAAACUCAUCCAGAGCAUCGUCCGGCAGCUCCAGCACCUCGUCACCGAUGACGUAUGUUCACGUGUGACGGACAUGUACCUGAGCGAAAGUGCCAACAAAGCCACGGGAGGCACGUUGUCCACGCAGACAUCCAGGGCCACAGCAGAGGGCGUCUACCAGCGCAAGGCCGAGCAGCUUAUGUCAGAUGAGAACUGCUUCAAGUUGAUGUUCGUGAAGAGCCGAGGAUCCGUCAGUCUGGCCAUGGAGCUGCUGGACACAGAGGAGGAGAACUCUGAUGAGCCAGCAGAGGCAGAGAGGUGGUCAGACUACGUGAGCAGAUACCUGAACUCAGAUUCUGCAUCUCCAGAGCUGCGUGAACAUCUGGCCCAGAAGCCGGUGUUCCUUCCCAGGAACUUGAGACGGAUAAGGAAGUGCCAGAGAGGAUGGGAGCAGCUGCAGCAGGAGAGAAUGACCAAGGCCCCGUUGGAGAAGUCGCAGGACGGAAACAGUGAGCUGAAGAUGGAGUGCAUGUUCAAGCUCAACUCCUACAAGAUGGUCUACGUCUGCAAGUCGGAAGACUACAUGUACAGGCACACGGCACUGACACGGGCGCAUCAGUCCCACCAGCGGGUCAACACACGUCUGCACAGACGCUUCCAGGCCUGGCUGGACACCUGGGCUAAAGAGCACGUGACCAGCGACAUGGCUGCUGAGAGCCGCAAGUGGCUGAUGGGAGAUGCACGAGAAGGCCUGUUGUCCUGCACCACCACUUGCAACCCGGAGGUCCUCCAUUAUCUCAACGUAAACAAGUACCGGGUGAAGUACAGAACACUGUAGUCUCUCUGAUCUGAGGGAAAACUGUGGCAGUGAACAAACUGCCAGCGGUGACUUAUAACACACAACCUGCCGUCACCGGAUCCAGUUGCCAAAAUGUUUUGGGUUGUCGAUCCAGAAUUUAAAUGGGAUGUAAAAUUUUCCACUUUUUUGCAAACGUGUCAGAACUUAUCGGGGAACUCUGUCAUAACUUUUAAAGCUUACGCAGCAAAUGUUGUAGAACCCCCCCCCCGUCUCAGAGGAGCCAUUAUAAUAAGAAAUGCAGAUUUCUUUUUACCUGAGGUGAAUACAGAGAGAGAAAACACUCCUUACUGCGUCUCAGUCCACACUUCAAACAAACAAAAACCAAACUAGAUAAGCAUUUCAUAACAAACUCAGCAACUUCAGAAUGAAAUUAAUUAGAAUUUGAAAAGAAAUAAAAAGAAACAACCUCAGAUUUUCUCUCAAGGUAGCAAGAAUAAGUCUCCGCUACCUCGCUUAAAAUGUAUGUACUCGACUCGGACUCAGCUGUAAAACUUGUAUAGCCUGUGAAUGUUUCCCCUUUCGGUGGUGAAGGUGCUGUAGUGCACUAUAUAUAUUUUAAAAACAUCUCUGGCAACUGCUGGGUACAUGUGCAAUGCCAGCAGUGUGUAUCAAGUAUAAUAAUUUAUGACCGCCCAAACACUUAGUGUAAAUAUGUUGUUUAUAUCUAGAUUGUUUUGUUUUUCUUAUCAAAUGUCAUUUAUGUGUAGCGUACGUCAACACUCACAUAGAAUCGAUCUUUAGCUCCAGGUUGCAGAGAAGUUUAUUAAGAAAAUGCUCAAUUUUAAGUGUUUUUUACCAAAGGAUGAAAUAUUAGACCUUUUUCUGUUUGUGGUCUGUUGAACGUGACGUUCCUAAAGUCUUUGUUUAGUAGAAGAAAAUGUCCCAUUUUAUACGUGUUUCCAGCCCUUUCUGCGCAUUUCUACCUUCUUCAGUAUCAGUAUCACUCGUGGUUUUAAGAUGAUUGAAUGUAGCUGAGCAGCAAAUUCUCCUUUUCCUUUUUGAAAGUUACAGCGUGUGUCCGUUUUUCAAAGUACUUCGGUCUCAACAGAACUAUCAACUCUUAUUGUUUUCAAACUAUCUACCAAAUGAUCAGACUCUGAGCCGCAGGGUCUCGUAAUGUAACGCACAGAAAAAAACCGCGUACGUGAGUUGUGUUUAUUUUUUCUAAGCGCAGUGUUGAAGACGAACACUGCCUGAUGUAUAGUAGGUCUAUAUGUGAAUGUCAGCCGUGUGACUUGUGUACAGUUUAAAGAGUAAGAAAACAAGCGAGCAAUAAUUCCUUCGGUCGCGGUCUCUCAAAGCUAUCGGUUUGUAUUUCCCGCUGAAAUACAAAUGUGAAUGUUGUAUUCCCUUUAAAGAGGGAUGUAAACUUAAGGAUUUUUCUUUUCUUCUUUUUUUUAAUCGCCUUUUCCUCUCUUCAGUUUGUUUAGUGAAACUGGAAUUGGCCGUGUAGAUAUUGUAGUUUAGGAAAGUCGACACAUGAGCAGCAAACGUUUCAUUAACAUUAACCAUUAAAAGGAAAUCAGACCGAUCAGUAUCAUUUUCUUCAGGAUCCUUCAACAGGUCAGUCACACAACCAGCUGCAGACAAUCUCGGAACAGUUUAUUACGUGGGUUUUUAUUUUUAUAACUACACUGUGUUUAAUAUGGAGAAACUGAAGGAGGUCCCGGGAGCUGAUUGUACAUACAGACAUCAUUUGUACCUCGUUCAAUGUGUCUCUUCUCUCGACUUUUACGAUGUUGUACAUGAGUGUUAGUAUGGUGUUUGGCAUUAAACUAUCCUUUGAAUAGACAGAA